UCACACUCGAUCCCUUUCUCUCUCUCUUCUCAAAAUGGCUUCUCUCUCAUUGACAUCCGUUACGCUUCCGUUGCUCGCCCUCCUCUCCUCCGUCCUCUCCGUCACCGACGCCGUUGCCUGCUACGGAAAAGACAAAACUGCCUUACUCGAGUUGAAGAAAUCCCUAAACAACCCCUACCACCUCCCCUCGUGGACUCCGAACACGGACUGUUGUGACUGGUAUGGUGUCACAUGCGACACCAACACGGGCCGCGUUUCCGAGCUCGCUAUCUUUGCCGGGAAUUUGACCGGAAAAAUCCCCGAUUCCAUCGGAAAACUCACCGCUUUAACUCAGCUCACCCUGAGAAAACUUGACCUUUACGGCGAGAUUUCGCCAAAUAUUCGGCUCCUCAGAAAGCUGACAUUUCUCAGCCUUGACUGGAACCGCUUUUCAGGCCAAAUACCGGAAUGGCUGAGGGAGCUAAACGGCUUGACAUUUCUGGAUCUCUCUUUUAACCAAUUUACGGGCAAAAUUCCUGCCACUUUAUCCCAACUUCCUAACCUUGUGACCCUUCACCUCGACCGGAAUCAACUCUCCGGCGAGAUUCCGGCGAGCUUCGGUCUGUUCCGCGGAAAUACCCCUUACCUCUUUCUCUCGCAUAACGGGCUUUCGGGUCCGGUGCCGAAAUCUCUUGGUUCGAUCGAUUUCGAAAGGAUCGAUAUUUCGCGAAAUUUAUUGGAGGGAGACGUCUCUCACCUUUUCGGGGCGACGAAAAGCACGUUUUCGAUCGAUAUUUCGCGAAAUAAAUUUGUUUUCGAUUUCGGGAAAGUGGGGCUGCCCAAGGGGCUAACGGCUUUGGACAUUAACCAUAAUGCGAUUUAUGGGAAAAUACCAAAUUCCAUAGUGGGGUUGGACAAUAUUCAGUUGUUCAAUGCGAGUUAUAACAGGCUAUGUGGUGCUAUUCCACAAGGUGGGGAAAUGAAGGGGUUCGGUGCUUCCUCUUAUAUUCAUAACAAGUGUCUUUGUGGCUCUCCUCUUCCUGCCUGUGCUUGAGGGAAGUUCUUUUUUUUUUUUUUCUUUUCUUUUCGGGGAAAGAUGUUAUGAUAGUGAGACUUGAUGCGUGUUCAUAUAGAGUUACCCAGGUUUUAUUUAAAGUGUUUUACCUCUCUUGAUGGAGCCGAGCACGAUUUGUGUAGCUGGGUUCAAUUGUUUGAAAAAAAAAAAAAAAC